AUGGGCGUCGCAGAGUACCAUGCUUCAGAAAGCCCUCGGUCGGAGCUUGACCAGCCUUUCGAUGGCAAACCUCUCAGUAUGAGCGACGCGAAGCAUGCGUUCGCCGAAGCUGUCAUGGUCGAUCCAGUACUGGCAGGCCGACGUCGAUCCCAAGUUGGCACCUUCGACAACGACUCUCUCGAAGAUUUCUACAAGCCCAUCGGUGCCUUCGAAGGUUCACACCGCUACGACCCUUCUUUCCAGUGGGAGAAGAAGGAAGAGAUUAGAAUCGACAUGCGUAUCUGCACCUUCGCCUGCCUCAUGUUCUUCGCCUUGCAACUCGACCGCGGCAACAUCGUCCAGGCCUUGUCAGACGGCAUGCUCGACGACCUGAAGAUCUCCAGCAACGACUACAACUACGGACAGACCAUCUUCUAUCUAUGCUUCCUUUGCGCUGAGAUGCCGUCACAGCUUAUUUCGAAGAAGCUGGGUCCUGACAAUUGGAUCCCGAUCCAGAUGAUGUCGUGGUCGCUGGUGGCUAGUAUGCAGGCUUUCUUGUCAGGACGUGCUUCGUUCUGGGCUUGCCGUGCUCUGCUUGGUCUCAUUGAGGGUGGUUUCAUCCCGGAUGUCAUUUUAUAUUUGAGCUACUUUUACAAGAGCACAGAGUUACCCAAGAGACUCUCUUUCUUCUGGGUCGCCUACCAGAGCACGAACAUUGUGUCAGCCGUACGCUGGGCGUGGCUGUUCGCUCUUGAAGGUACCCUGACCGGCAUCAUCGGCAUAACCGCCUACUUCUACCUACCCCCGAGCCCAUACCAGACCGCGUCGAAAUUCCGUGGCAAGGACGGCUGGUUCUCCGAGCAUGAAGAGAAGAUCAUCGCCAAUCGUGUCCUGCGUGACGACCCUUCAAAGGGCGACAUGCACAAUCGUCAAGGCCUCUCGCUCUUAGCCUUCAAGGCAACUGCUGCGGACUACCACAUGUGGCCAAUCUACCUCAUUGGUCUGACCUGGCUUAUCCCUACGGCUCCUAUGCAAGGCUACAUCACUCUCAACAUGACUGAAGUGGGCUUUGGAACGUUCGAAACCAAUCUCCUCACCGUUCCGGCAUUCGUGCUCUUCAUCAUCGGACUUCUGUUCUGGACAUGGCUGUCAGAGAAGUUGAACGAGCGGUUCUUGCUGGCUACCGUCUCACAGAUAUGGGUCCUCCCGGGGCUCCUUGCGCUUGUUAUCCUGUCAUCUGACCGGUCGCCGUGGGCGAAUUACGCACUUUCAAUUGUCACUUAUAGCAUGCCCUACUUCCAUGCGGUCUUUGUCGCGAUCACGAGCAGAAACGCUGGAAGUGUCCGCACCAGGACUGUUGCUUCUGCGCUAUACAAUAUGUGCGUCCAGGCUGGGAACAUCAUCGGAAUUGACAUCUACCGCACCGACGAUGCUCCCUAUUACUACCGCGGCAACAAGAUCCUGAUCGCCAUCGCCUGCUACAACCUGGUUUUGAUGGUCGCCACGAAACUCUUCUACGUCUCCGUCAACAAGAAGCGAGCAGCGAAGUGGAAUGUCAUGUCGAAGGAGGCGAAGGAGCAUUACCUUGCCACUACGACUGACCGUGGCAACAAGCGUCUGGACUUUAGGUUCGCUCAUUAA